AUGGCGAGCCAUGGCGUUUUUCAAGGCGUGAUUAAAGCUACCUGUUGGCUUCCUGGCUCUGGUGAGAGAGAGAGAGAGAGAGAGAGAGAGAGAAACUCAGAGUUCCAUUAUUGGGUUCUUUCAUCAUGUAAAUCCAAUCUCCUCAACCUCCCGUAUCGAAGUAUGGAUCUAAAUCAGAAGCGAACCAAAACGGUUGACCGAGUCGAUCCGGUUGAUCCUGUUGCGGUGUCGCCGGAAUCAACUCCAGUGUAUCCGUUUCCUGACGAGGUUCUAGAACCGGUGCUCUCGCUGAUAAACUCUCACAAGGACCGCAGUUCCGUGUCUCUAGUAUGUAAAGACUGGUACAACGCUGAGCGGUGGAGCAGACGUCAUGUGUUUAUCGGAAAUUGCUACUCGGUGUCGCCAGAGAUUGUAGCCGGGAGGUUUCCUCAGAUUCGGAGCGUGACCUUGAAGGGGAAACCGAGGUUUUCGGAUUUCAAUUUAGUACCGGAGGAUUGGGGAGCUGAUGUUCAUCCAUGGUUGAGUGUUCUCGCCAAAGCGUAUCCAUUCCUGGAGGAGCUGAGACUGAAGAGAAUGGCAGUUAGCGACGAGAGUUUGGAGUUUCUGGCGACGAACUUUCCAGAGUUUAAAGCUCUGUCUCUAUUGAGUUGUGAUGGAUUUAGUACUGAUGGGUUGAAAGCUAUUGCUACUCAUUGCAGGAAUUUAACUGAGCUAGACAUACAAGAGAAUGGAAUUGAUGAUCUUGGUGGGGAUUGGUUAAGUUGCUUCCCAGAAACCCUAACCUCAUUAGAAGUACUAAAUUUCGCAAGCUUAAACAGUGAAGUUGACUAUAAUGCCCUCGAGAAGCUUGUUACUAGGUGUAAAUCAUUAAGGGUUUUGAAAGUUAACCGAAACAUAAGUUUAGAUCAAUUGCAAAGACUUCUAUUACGGGCCCCACAACUAACUGAACUUGGCACAGGAACCUUUAUGCAAGAUCUUGUCACCCGUUCAGUAUCUGAGCUCGAGGUUAUCUACCCUGCGUGUGCUCGACUUACUUUUUUGAAUUUGAGUUAUGCAACUUUAAGGAGUGUGGAAUUAGCAGAUCUUCUUACUCAUUGUAAAAGUCUGAAACGCCUUUGGGUUCUUGAUACUGUUGGGGAUAGUGGUUUAGAAGCGGUUGGAUCAUGCUGCCCGUUACUUGAAGAACUGAGAGUCUUCCCGGCUGACCCCUUUGACCAAGAAGUCGCCGGGGUGACCGAAUCCGGUUUCGUCUCGGUUUCCCGUGGCUGCCCCAAACUUCAUUACGUUCUUUACUUCUGCCACCAAAUGACAAACGCCGCCGUAGCCACCAUUGCCCGAAACUGCCCGGGCUUCACCCACUUUCGUCUCUGUAUCAUGAACCCUGGGCAGCCCGAUUACUUGACCAACGAACCCAUGGACGAGGCUUUCGGUGCGGUUGUCAAAACCUGCCCGAACCUCCAACGCCUGGCGGUUUCCGGGCGGUUGACCGACCUUACGUUUGAAUACAUUGGGAAAUAUGCAAAAAACUUGGAAACUCUUUCGGUUGCUUUCGCGGGUAGUAGUGAUUUAGGGUUGAAGUAUGUUUUGGGCGGCUGCCCGAAACUGAGGAAGCUUGAGAUCCGAGAUUGCCCGUUUGGAAACGCGGCGUUGCUUUCGGGUUUGACUAAGUAUGAAUCAAUGAGGUCUCUUUGGAUGUCGGCUUGUAAUUUGACUAUGAAUGCGUGUAGGGUUUUGGCUAAAGAGAUGCCGAGGUUAAAUGUUGAAGUUAUGAAAGAUGAAGAUAGUGAGGAUAGUCAGGCUCAUAAGGUUUAUGUCUACCGAACCGUGGCGGGACCUCGAAGGGAUGCCCCACCUUUCGUCCUCACCCUCUGAGUUCCCUGACCAGUUAUCUAGUCAUCUGAUAUGAUCUAAUAUAUCAUAUCAGAUGACUAAAGUAUAACUGGAGACCAAUCAUCUGAUAUGAUAUAUAAGAUAUCAUACCAGAUGACUAAAAUAUGACUGGAGACUCAUGCUCCGGUCAUAUUAUGUUGGACGACUCAUGCUCUAGUUAUCUGAUAUAAUCAGAUGACUAGGCAUUUGUAAUUUGGAAAAUAAGGUUGUAUUGUGGGAGAGUAUAAAAGAUAGGAAACAUAUUGUUAUAUUUGAAGAUUGUUCCCGUCAUUUAUAUUGAAAGUUCGUGUGUGGGACGGGUGUGAAAGCACGACAUGAUAUGGGAUAAGUUGUUUUUCUUGUUUUUGUUUCGGUUGGGCAAGUUUAGUAUGUUGAUGUGUAGUUAAAAGUAGUGAAUUGUUAAAGUUUGAAUCUUUGAAGACAAAAGUUGGACUCUAUUUGUGUGGGACUGAUGAUAUGUAGGUGUGAUUUAUAGAGUUAAGGAGGUGAGAAACCGAGAAUUAUGUAUCAAUAAUAUGUGGUUUCUAUCAUAAAAUCGAAUGUAUAAUUUUAUUAAUUUUAUAAAUAGCUUUGUAAAAUCUAAACUUUGAUCAAAUGAAUAUCAGAAUCAGAGUUGUAAAUUAUGAA